UCUUACAGCUCGGAUCCGCGCGGCCCGAUGGGCUGCCGGCUGCUGCUCUUGCUGUCCGCGCUCUGCGCGCUGCUGCUGCUGCUGCUGCUCUGCCUCGGGCUCCUCCUGCGGGCCGACAGCGACCUGACCCUGCAGUGGGCUGAGAGGAGGGGCCGCUGCCCAGAACGGGAGCUGCCUGGCAUGGUGGUGUGGGUGACGGGGGCUUCAGGUGGAAUUGGCGAGGAGCUGGCUUACCAGCUGAGCAAAUUAGGAGUUUCUCUCGUGCUGUCAGCCAGAAGAGAGCAUGAGCUGGAGAGAGUGAAAAGAAAAUGCCUAGAUAAUGGCACUGUAAAAGAAAAAGAUAUCCUCAUUCUGCCCCUGGACCUGACCAACAGAAGUUCCCAUGAAGUGGCUACCAAUGCCAUUCUCCAGGAGUUUGGUAGAAUCGACAUUCUCAUCAACAAUGGAGGAAGAGCCCAGUGUUCUUUGAUUGUGGAUACCAACAUGGAUGUCUUCAAGGAGCUAAUAGAACUUAACUACUUAGGGACAGUGUCCUUGACGAAGUGUGUUCUGCCUCACAUGAUCCAGAGGAAGCAAGGAAAGAUUGUGACUAUGAAUAGCCUUGUAGGGAUUAUACCUGGGACUGCGUGCAGUGGAUAUGGUGCCAGCAAACACGCUUUACGGGGAUUCUUUAAUAGCCUCUAUAUUGAACUUGGAGAAUAUCCUGAUAUUAUAAUUUCUAAUAUCUACCCUGGACCUGUACGCUCAAAUAUCAUGAAGAAUGCAUUAACUGAGGAAAUCACAAAGGCUUUCGGGCAUGAUUUUAAGUAUAUCCACACGUUGGCAACAAGUCGUUGUGCGCGGUUGAUAUUAAUUGCCAUGGCCAAUAAUUUGAAAGAAGUAUGGAUCUCAGGUCAAUCCUUUUUGUUGCGGGCCUAUCUGUGGCAAUAUAUGCCAAGCUUAGCCUGCUGGAUAUCCAGGGUGUUCCAGAAGCAACUGCGAAAAAUUCUUUAAAAUGAUAUGGACAAGUAAAUGUGAUGUUCGGAUUAAGAAGAAUAAUAAGAGAAUUCUGCCUUUCAGAUGUGGCAUGAGCAGAUACUACCCAUCGUGUUCAUUCAAGAUAGAAGUAGUGAUGCUAAGCCCUUUGGAGAUAUUUUUGUGUAGAUCUUGAAUAAUGGUUCUGAUUUUUAAAUUCGAAUUUAACUUUUGCCCAAGGUUUAUAAGGAUUCUUAAUGUCAGACCCCUGCCCAGACAGAGAAGAAAAAAUUCCUUAAGCUGAGCUGCUUACCACAGCUGCAGAGACACGGAGAUAACAGGGAGCCAGAGCUUGCAAAAGGAGAUGAACAAGCCUAGGCUUCCUGAGGCAGCUGCACCUGCAAGACACGGAUGUCACCAAGGCUCCCAACUCCCCCAGAUCCAGACUAAAAAUUUCCUACUCCUCCCUGCCAUACUCCUUCCCUAUUGAAACACCCCUAUAAAACCUACCCCCCAAUCCCUUAUUGACCUUGGCCUGUCUACACCCAGGCUCCAAUAAACUUUGCUUAUUGCUUCGA